UAUCGAUCAUUGAUAUUGUAUGAUAUUGCAUUAUCCUCUUCGUUUCUCCCAUUUAUUGCCCUGCUAUUUGUUCAUUAAGACAGAAAGAUAUACAACAUGGCUCAGAAUGAUAAUACUGUUUACCGGGCCAGUACAACGGCACCUGUUAACAUCGCUGUCAUAAAAUACUGGGGAAAGCGAGAUGCAGCUCUUAAUCUCCCAACUAACUCUUCUCUCUCCGUCACUCUGUCCCAGCAGUCGCUGCGCACUCUCACCACUGCUUCUUGCGCCGCAGCCUACCCCGCCUCCGACACGCUGACACUCAACGGCAAGCCCCAGGACAUCCAGUCCUCCAAGCGGACAUUGGCUUGUCUGUCAAACCUGCGCGACCUUCGUCGCGCCCUGGAAAAUGCGGACCCCUCUCUUCCUAAGCUCUCUGCCUAUCCGCUGCGCAUCGUCUCCGAGAACAAUUUCCCUACUGCCGCCGGUCUGGCCUCCUCUGCUGCUGGAUUCGCUGCCCUUGUCCGCGCCAUCGCCGACCUUUAUGAGCUCCCUCAGUCACCUACAGAACUCAGCCGUAUUGCCAGACAAGGCUCUGGCUCCGCAUGCCGCUCCCUGAUGGGCGGCUACGUCGCCUGGCGCGCUGGCACCAAGGCCGAUGGAAGUGACAGCAUUGCAGAGGAAGUUGCUUCUGCAUCUCACUGGCCUGACAUGCGAGCAAUGAUCCUCGUCGUCAGUGCUGAGAAGAAGGACGUCCCCAGUACUGAGGGCAUGCAGACCACUGUUGCGACAUCUUCUCUCUUCUCAACCCGUGCUGAACUGACCGUCCCAGCGCGCAUGGCUGCUAUCGAAGCUGCUAUUCGUGACCGUGACUUCCCUACUUUCGCAGAGAUCACCAUGCGUGACUCCAAUGGUUUCCAUGCCACCUGUCUCGACUCCUGGCCCCCAAUUUUCUACAUGAACGACGUCUCCCGCGCGGCGGUCCGUAUUGUGCACGACAUCAACCGUGCAGCUGCCAAGACCGUCGCGGCGUACACCUUCGACGCUGGUCCAAAUGCUGUUAUCUACUAUCUCGACGAAGCCAGCACUGUUGUCGCGGGAACGUUCAAGGAGAUCCUCGGACAGAAGACCGACGGGUGGGAAGGCCCCUUCGCCGACCGGCUAAAGACCGUGUCCAAGGGUGUGGACCUCAGCCAGUUGGACUCUCGUGCUGUGGACGUUCUGAGGGAUGGCGUUAGCCGGGUUAUCCUCACCGGAGUGGGCGAGGGACCCGUCAAGGUUAACGAGCACCUUGUCAGUGAGAAGGGAGACAUCCUGUCCAGCGCAGCUUGAGUAAUGAUAACUCGAGAUUCAACAUCGGGAAACGAAAGAAAAAAAAAGCGAAGGGAAAAGGAAAGUACCAGAUUGAACAUUUAUCAUAUGCGAUACGCGACGUGUGAUUGACUGGAGUACGACAGCCUGUAUAGUUUUAAGGCAUGAUAAUAGAUCGCACAAAGAUACCC